CAAAAGGCGAGGGGACGGACUGAUCGGGGGAAACCGCGGAAGACGAAGAGAAGGGAAGGCUUGGAAGAGAGGGGAAAGCUUGGCUGGGCUGGUUGGGGUGCAGCCGGUGCCUUGGUCCACGGCGAUGUCGGGCUCGGAGCGGCGGCCGCCGGCGGGAGGAAGGGAACGGGGAAGGUGCAAGGACGGCGGCGGCCAACAAGGAAGCCGUGUCCAGCUGGAUAGCAGACCUACAUUACCCACCACAGAUGGAAAUGAGAACAUCACAGAAGUAGAUGCAUUCAAUAUAAGCAGACAAUCACUUGAUCCUGCAGUGGAGUACAAAAUGAACCAUCAAAGAAGAGGACUUGCAUUAAUCUUCAAUCACGAGCACUUUUUCUGGCAUUUAAAGCUGCCAGACAGACGUGGGACUAUGGCAGACAGAAACAAUCUGAAACACACUUUGACAGACCUUGGGUUUGAAGUCAGACUUUUUGAUGACCUGAAAAAAGAAGAUGCGCAGCAGAGAAUUUAUGAAGCCUCUAUGGAGGACCACAGCAAUGCUGACUGCUUUGUGUGUGUGUUCCUGAGCCACGGUGAGGAUGGUCACAUUUAUGCAUAUGAUGACAAAUUCAACAUUCAGACAAUCACAGACAUGUUCAGAGGAGACAAGUGCCAGAGUUUGGUAGGAAAACCAAAGAUAUUUAUCAUUCAGGCCUGUCGAGGUGAUAAACAUGAUGAUCCAGUCAUUGCUCACGAUUCAACAGACAACAGCAGUGAAUCCCUCGUCAAUGAGACUGAAGUGGAUGCAGCUAGUGUCUAUACUCUGCCUGCUGGCGCAGACUUUAUCAUGUGCUACUCUGUGGCGCAAGGCUACUAUUCUCAUCGUGAAACUAUAAAUGGCUCCUGGUAUAUCCAAGAUUUGUGUGAGACCCUUAGGAAGCAUGGAUCUUCCUUGGAGUUCACAGAACUUCUUACUGUUGUUAACAGGAAAGUAUCGUAUCGCAGAGUAGAUAUGUGCAAAGAUAUUAAUGCUAUAGGGAAAAAACAGAUUCCUUGUUUUGCCUCAAUGUUAACUAAAAAAUUGUAUUUUCAUCCAAAAUCUAAGUAGAUUAUUUAGCAGUGAUGACCAUUACUAUUACUUGCUGCAGAGCACAGAGAAUACCAUCUUAGUUGAGUAAUAUUCUACAAGAUUGUCUGCAAAAUUACUGGGAUCAAACAUUACAGUUUAUAUACUUCAUAGUUUCUAAAAUCUUAAAGCACUUUUAAAGCUAGAAUUACACCAGAGAAUUCAUAUCAGGAAAUAAGGGAAAAGUUGACUGGUGCCAAACUAUUAGAAGGUGCUCAGAUUUUAUUGAAAUUGGUGCUCCAGACUACCUUUUUCUUAAAAGUGUCUCACUUGAUUGCCAUCUAAGUAUGGCACAUUUUACUAUUUCCAAAACAUUUCUAAUGUUCCAUUAGAUUAACUUGUCUUGCUCCUUGAGCACAGUUUACAGGGAAUAUGGUUUGCAGAGCAUCUUUUUAAAUUUGUCGACAGCAGAAUCCACAACUUUUGUAGCUUUAUUGGGCUUUUUAGACAUUUUUUAAUUUUCUUGCAACACUAAAAAGGAACUUAACUCCUUGAAUACAACUGUGGUAUCAAUAUAGGAUUAAUCAAACAGCAGUAAUGAGAUGAGACCAUGUACAGUUUGCUCAGGGUAAGUUUGCCUUUUCCGUAUCUCUAAAGCUGCUGGACAUCUCUAGGCAGCUCUACAAAAUAUAACAUAUGCAAACCUUCAUACUUCAGGCCUUUGAGUUGGAUCAGGCCUCCUCUUGGCCCUGGAGAAGAUCAGCCAUACCUCUGUCAUUGUGUACAUAAAAGUGAUGGUGCAUGGUCACCACAGGAUUGUUACUGCAGUAAUUGUGGUGCUGACUUGAACCAAAUGUUUCUUUUUUUUUUUUUUUUAACAUUAUUAAUUGUUCCUCUGAGGGUCAAGAGAGAACUCAAACUGAGCAAAGUGUCUUAAUCCACUUUCCUGGGGAAAAACAUAAUCGGUUUACUGGUUCUGCUUUAGUUAAGCCAUUCCAUAUACAAUGUUCUGAGUCAUAAGUGCUGUAUCUUCCUACACCUGCUUUUAAAUGUUGUAUAAAUCAUGUAUGUUUGAAUGUUUUGAUAAAUUCUUUGAAUAAAAUGCAAUAGUGAAACAUAAA